AUGUCUGAAAGCAGUGACCAAGAAGGGAAAAUGAUGAACUCAGAUAUUGAGGAAGAAGAAAAAGAAAAAGACGAAGAGAAGGCAAAGGAUGUUUCAGAAGAACCAAACCCAUUGGUGAUUGCUGCUGCUGAUACAGAGUCCUCUGACAAAUUGACUGUAGAAGAACAUGUUGAUUUCACAAAAGCCCAAAUUGAUCUUAAUAUUCCAGCAUCAAAAACGGGAAUCAGAAUGCAGCUGAUUGCAGGAGCAAACCAGAUAUCAGGAACCAUCCCUGAAGGAAUAGAGAAUUUAAUUGGCCUGACAUGGUUGCUAAUCUCCAUGAACUCAAUCACAGGAGAAAUUCCAGUGGGUAUUGGCAAACUCGAAAGAUCGGAGGAUCUUCGCCUGUUUGAUAAUAGAAUUUCAGGGGGAAUUCCAGCCGAUCUUGGAAACAUAACACAGCUGGGUCAAUUCAAGGCAUCCAUGCAGGGAGAUGUCUACAGCUUCGGAAUUCUCCUACUGGAGAUGUUUACAGGAAAGAGACCUACUGAUAUCAUAUUCAAGGACGGUCUGAAUCUCCAUUGA